GUGGGCGUGGAGAAGAGGAAGGACAAAGGGAGUGAGUGGAUAAGAUGACAUGACAGGAAGAGAAAAAAGAGAGCAGUGUGAUGUCUGCAAAACAAAAUACAUUUAGAGUUCAGCAGAGUCACACCAGCUUUGUUGCUUUGUCAGAGUCAUGCGCUUCUUUAAAGCAAGGAGGAAUUCAACUAACACUGCUGAAUGAAUUUGGAGGAUCCUUCCCACCGCGUUAACAGAACUUGAAUUAUAUUGCAUCAUCAUCAGUGCUCAUACCUAGCAGGCAAAAACGAUUUCUAGCAACACAACCUUGGGUGAAAGGAUUCUUCACUCUGUUAAGCCUAAGGACAAAAGUUAGAUUUAAAAAGAAAAAUAACUGGGACAGCCAGAGUCAAAAUCUUCCUCCAGGUACUGUAUUUUGAACAGGAUUUGACUGCAAAUUAGAACAGUGAGCUCAAUCCUCUCACAGCAAAACUGUAACAGGACAACCCAGCAAAAUGCCGUGCUCACCUUUCCGAAUUGGAAGGCCAAGAAAAUUCUGGAAACAAGAUGGGAGUGACCCUCGGAUUUCUGCAACACUAGAGCCCCAGCUGUUCCAGCCUACACUCCCAUACACGUCCCCAUUCCACAAGACUCCAGAUUUAUUUGCAAUGAUUGAAAAGAUACAGGGCAAAAGGAUGGAUGAGCAGAGGUGCACCUUUCCUCCCCCACUCAAGACAGAGGAGGACUACAUUCCAUACCCAAGUGUCCAUGAGGUGUUGGGCAGAAAAAGCCCCUUUCCUCUCAUCCUCCUCCCGCAGUUUGGGGGUUACUGGAUCGAGGGGACUAACCAUGAGAUGAGUGACACAGUGGAAACAGAACAGCCGCAGCCUCAGUCUCCGAACACCCGCACCAAGCUGGAAUGUAACACAACAGCUACGAUCUUCCGGAAACACUUCCUGGGAAAGGAACACUUUAAUUACUAUUCAGUGGACAGCGCCCUUGGACAUCUGGUGUUUUCUCUAAAGUACGAUGUGAUUGGUGACCAGGAACAUCUCCGUCUGAUGCUCAGGACCAAGCUGAAAACCUACCAUGACGUGAUCCCCAUUUCCUGUCUGACAGAGUUUCCCAAUGUGGUCCAAAUGGCCAAGCUCGUCUGUGAAGAGGUCAAUGUGGACCGCUUUUUUCCUGUCCUUUAUCCAAAAGCUUCAAGACUUAUUGUCACUUUCGAUGAACAUGUGAUAAGCAACAAUUUCAAGUUUGGGGUCAUUUAUCAAAAGUUUGGACAGACUUCAGAGGAAGAGCUGUUUGGCAACAGUGAAGAGAGUCCUGCCUUUGUAGAAUUCCUGGAGUUUCUAGGAGAGAAAAUUGAGCUGCACAACUUUAAAGGUUUCCGCGGAGGGUUAGACGUGACUCACGGGCAGACUGGCGUUGAAUCUGUCUACUGCAACUACCGUAACAAAGAGGUCAUGUUCCACGUGUCCACAAAGCUGCCUUACACAGAUGGGGACACCCAGCAGUUGCAGAGAAAGAGGCACAUAGGGAACGACAUUGUGGCCAUCUUAUUCCAAGAGGAAAACACUCCCUUUGUACCGGACAUGAUCGCCUCCAACUUUCUCCAUGCCUACAUUGUGGUCCAAGUGGUCAACCCCUGCUCUGACAAUGUUCUCUACAAGGUGUCGGUGACAGCACGGGAUGAUGUACCUUUCUUUGGCCCGGCCCUCCCAAACCCUGCUGUCUUUAAAAAAAGCCCUGAAUUUCAUGAAUUCCUAUUUACGAAGCUCAUCAAUGCAGAGUAUGCCUGCUGCAAAGCUGAGAAAUUUUCCAAAUUAGAGGAACGAACGAGGUCGGCCUUGCUAGAGACCCUUUAUGAGGAGCUCCAUGUGAACAGUCAGGCCAUGAUGGGCGUCGGAGGAGACGACGAAAAGCUGGAAAAUGGGAGUGCAGGAGGAGGGGGCUUCUUUGAGUCCUUCAAGCGGGUGAUCCGCAGCAGGAGCCAGUCUAUGGAUGCCACGGGUCUUACUUUCAAGAAGCCGCACACAUUCUCCACUAGCUUCAACAGCAACUUUGACCAAGAGCCCGCAGAGAGCCCCAAAUUCCCAGGGAUAUCUUUGAUUGUCCCAGGGAAAAGCCCUACCAGGAAAAAGUCUGGUCCUUUCAGCUCCAGGCGAAGCAGUGCCAUCGGUAUUGAAAACAUCCAAGAAGUCCAUGAGAAGAGUCGAGAGAGCUCCCCAAAUACCCAGAAGACCCCUGACAGCGGUCACGUGUCUCAAGACCCCAAAUCUGACAACUCGUCCAAUCAGAGCUCCCCCGAGGCACUUACAACCACCAAGAACAAUUCUUAUCUCGGUGGCAGGGCCCCGUCCAUCCCCGAGGGUCAUGACCUCUCCCGCUCCUCCUCCAACGCUAGUAGCUUCGCCAGUGUGGUGGAGGAGAACGAGACAGAGGCCACAGAGGACUAUGACACAGGCAUGGAGAGUCUGUCGUCUGCCGGGACACCACACAAGCGAGACUCCUUCAACUACAACACCUGGCUAGAGGACAACAUCAGCAGCACCUGUACGUGCAGUCAUGGUAGCUCCCCAGGUGAGACAGGGCCUGGGAAACCUGAACGAGGGAAGGGGACGGAUGUCCGUAUCAAAUUGGAACGACCACACGACCAUCAGUCCUCAUCGCAUCCCCAUAAGUCACAAUCCCACUGGGAGGUGAGACAAGUGCAGGCGUUCGCCAUGACCAAUGAUGAGGAGGACGAAGAUGAGGAAGAUGAGGAAGAUGAGGAAGAUGAGGAAGAUGAGGAAGAAUAGAAAAAGCAGGUGGAGCUUGGCCAGUCUGCUGCAGAGUGAGGGCCAGAGGGCAGCAUAUCCAGAAACCUGGAGGACAAUGGGGAGGAUGACGCACAAAGAGGGGCCAGCUUUUGCACAGUGUUGUUGCCUUCCACUCUUUUCUUUGCCUGUUCUGUUGCCUACAUGUAGUUGUAUGUUUUUCUUUCCCACACCUUUUGUUUCAAAAGCGCACAUUUUCUAUCUACAAAUUCCAUGGUUUUAUUUGUAAAAGAUAUCACUGUGUUUUAGUUUGUCUUGUUGAAGCCCAGGUUUGCUGGCCAUACAGGGUAAAGACAGUGCCAUUGAGCUCUUUGUAGAGAUUCUGAGAAGGACUUCCGCUGAAACAUAGAGAAGAUAAUUGCCUGGAUGGUUUCACGAAAUCAACAAAGGUUUCGGCUCAAUAAAGAUCUCUAAUGUAUACAUAAUAUAAAAUAUUCAACAUCAAAGUUGGGUACAUUCUAACAGAACAUCUAAUGGGAUAUAGAAUUCUUCUUUUGCAUGCUGUUGACUGUGAUUAUUUUCUGCGUAAAAUAUGAAAAAUAGGACUGUAUAACUGCAGCAAAACAAUUGUACUCUUUCCUUUAUGACCCAAAUCUCAACAAGAUUAGAUUUCAAACUUGACACUACAGGUCACAGUGAAAAGACCAAUGCAUCAUAGAUAACAUCGCCUUAUAACUUAAACAUGCAAUUUCUUUGUCCCUCAUUUUACCUCACUUGUUUGACUGUGUGUUCUGCAGCCAAUAAUGGGAUUGCACUAUGAGAUUAACUGUAAAACUAAUAUAUAUAUAUAUAUAUAUUCAGAAUAAUUUUUCAUUUUCGUUUCUUUAAAAAUGGUGUUGCAAUCCAGUUCUAUUUCAGCACUGUCUGUAUCGGUAAUAUAGCUAAUGAAUGGAUAUAUCCAUCAGUUACUGAUCUAUCUGCUUUGUCCAUCUUGUUUGUUGGCUUCAUUAUGUUCACCAUUUUUUCUCUGUAAUAUAUGUCUUUAUUUAUUGAUUUGGUUCCUGUUGAAGUGGCAUUUAUAGCAUACAUCUGUUAUCCAUGGUGACUACAUUCAGCAUCCUGCCAUAUGCUUAUACUGUACGUGUUGCUUUGGAGUAAAUUAUAAUGUUGUCAUCUGUAAAGCUCGGUCUAUUUCAAGGGCCACAUAUCUCUCAAUGCAGUCUGUUUGCAAUGCAAUUAUAAUAAAACAGUGGAUAUUUAUUUGCUUUUAAUGUGAGAAAAUAACUCUAAAUACAACUACUGAUUUUGUAAAUACCUAUUAAGUUGGAGGAAGUGUAUAAUGUAUAGGCCAUUGAUUUAAAAUGGGAUUGACCAAUACCUUAAAAUUACUGCCAAGUUGACAAUUUAUUGUUUUAUUUCUUGUACCUUUACUUUUAAAUAUUAUUUUAAGAGAGUUUUGUAGGAGAGAAAUAUUUUAGGCUAUUCAGACUAUACUGUAAAAGGGAAAUCUCACAGUACAGCCUGCUGAUCAUUUCAGUUGCCUUAUCAUCACAAACUGAUGGUGUAAGUACAUAUAGUGAAGCAAAUGGUUAACAGCCAGCAAGAUUUACAAUGAAAUUGAUGUUUUGUUGUUGUUAUUUUUAUU